AUGGCAAAGUGGGGUGAGGGUGAUCCCAGAUGGAUUGUUGAAGAAAGACCCGAUGCCACAAACGUGAAUAACUGGCAUUGGACAGAGAAAAACGCUGGCCCAUGGUCCCAAGAGAGGAUUAAAGAACUCUUUCAAGACCAAAAAGUUGAUUCAGAUGAAGCCGAACUUACUAUUAAAGAAGUAGAAAAAGUAGAUGGCGAAGCUUCAGCUAGCAAUAGGAAAGGAAAGUUAAUUUUUUUUUAUGAAUGGGACCUUGUUCUUAAAUGGGAGGGAAAAUUGAAGAAUGGAACGGAUAGGAAGUUUAACGGAAAAAUUAAAGUUCCAAAUUUGUCAGAAGAAAAUGAUGUCUCAGAGUUAGAUAUACAAAUUUCUGUAAAAGACGAAGAUGAGGAAGGUCUAAAGUUAAAGCAAAUUAUGCAUAAAACCGGGAAAGACCUCGUUCGUUCCCAACUAGCAAAAUACAUCUCGGGUCUUAAGGAAGAAUUCUCCAAAGGUAUGAUCCUCCCAAAAAAGGGCGAAACGAAAGCGGACAGCGUUAAAACAUUGACAAGCGGUUUUAAUAAAGCGAAAAUCAACAUGGAACCCAUCUUUAAUAAGGAGAAUAAACAGACAGGCUUGAAAAUCGAUACUAAGACAUUUAAACAAACUCAAAAAUUCCAGUGCACGGCGCAGGAAUUCUACGACGCUAUGACUCGAAUAGAAAUGGUGACUGCCUUUACGAGGGGUCACGUGAAAUUGGAUCCAGUGAAAGGUGGUAGAUUCGAAUUGUUUGGUGGAAAUAUAAGCGGAAAAUUUGAUGAGCUGGUACCCGGUAAGAAAAUCGUGAAGCAGUGGAGGUACAAGCAGUGGCCGGAGGGACAUUUUUCUACUGUUACUAUACGAAUUGAGCAAAAGAAUGACCAUACGGAAGUGAUCUUAGAACAAGUAGGUGUACCCAGCGCCGAGCUGGAUGUCACCAAAGACAACUGGCAAAGGUACUAUUGGGACUCAAUGAAGCAAGCAUUUGGCUUUGGAGUGUUCUUUACAUAA